AGGCGGGGUCGGGGGGUCCAUUUUCGGAUGACGCGGUGACCGGACCCCGUGAGGCGUGGUGGAAGAGAUUAUUGCCCCCCAGCCCAGGGUUUCCCCCCCUAUUUUGCUCAAUUCUUUCCGUCUCCCUUAAAAGGGUUUAGGCCCCGCCCAGCUGUUCGUGGUGACCCCCCGUUUCCCCCCCUUCCUUUUUUGGGCUUGUUCCUUAUGCUCGAGUUAUAUGCCCUGUUUCUUUCUUUCUCUUCCCUUCCUGGACUCAGUUUUUGGGAGUGGGACCUUAAAAGCGACUGGCUUUGUGUUGGGACUACUGAAGCUGUGGCAUUGCUGUUCCCCCUAAAGAAGGACUGCAGGAGCUUAGUAUCCUGUUGGUAAUGCAUUGCCAGGAUCAAACAAGAUGACAUUCUUUCUAGGACAGGAUCUUCUCAAAUGGAUAUGAUGGAUCCUUAGAACCUAGUUUCAUCCCAGAGGAGGCAAGGCUAAAGGGAAUCUGAAGGGCGGCAAGUCAUGCUUGGCAGAAGAACCGGGUAUCCUCACAGCCCAGCCUACAUCUACCAACCCCCUCAAGAUGGUGUGCCCCAAAGGUUCGAGUCGCCGACAACCAAUGACAUCAGUCUUGAGGUGUUCUGUGGCUCCACGCCGGAGUACAAGCAGAAUCGCAGGCCAGUACGGGACAGGCGAGCUUACAAGGCAGAUCCCAGUGACUCAAAUGGGAGAGAAGGAGAAAAUGCCAGUUUUAUCUCCAGCGCUGCAGAGGCUUCCCCACCCCCUUGUUGCCCCAAUCUAUCUCGGGCCUGGAGCACUUACAGAACCAUUUUCUGCUAUAUUGUGACUUGUGGGAGCUGCUUUAAGGACUGCCGAGCCAGCAUUCCAUACCCUUACAACGAGAAUUUGAUGGAUGAUGGAAAGCCCCGGGAGACCAAUGGGUGUUUGCCAAACAGUCCUGCCAAUAGUAACCCUGCUGAAAAGAACGGGAGCCAAACCAAAAAGAGCACCGUGAAGAGCAGCUUCAGCUACCCCGACGUAAAACUGAAAGGGAUCCCAGUCUUCCCAAACCGGAGCCCUGGCUCCCGCGCAGACUCGGAUUCCUGUUACAAGGAGCCUCUGCCAGAUAAGACCUCCAAUAACAGCAUAGAGAAGCAACCUCUGCCCAGCAGCCAUCGAAGCUCAGAGGAAUAUUAUUCCUUCCAUGAGUCAGAUUUUGAAUUCAGCGAGCUGAGCUCAAUGUCCAGCCGGGAGAUUGAUGUCCUCAUCUUUAGGAAACUGACGGAGCUGUUCAGUGUCCAUCAGAUCGACGAGCUAGCCAAAUGCACUUCAGACACCGUCUUCCUGGAGAAAACCAACAAGAUCUCUGACCUCAUCAACAGCAUCACUCAGGACUACCACCUCGAUGAACAGGAUGCUGAAUGCAGGCUGGUCCGGGGGAUCAUACGCAUCAGCACGCGCAAGAGCAGGGUCCGGCCCCGUAUUUCAGUCCCCACCCUCCCAAGCCCGGAGGAGACCACAAUGCGCUGCAAUCCACCUGAUAGCGGCAACGAGACAAUGGUGGCGUCAGUGCUCUCAAGUGAAGAAGAUAUGUCUGUUCAGAUUUCUCAAGAAACCACAGCAGAUGUGAAAGCCAGGGUCAUGAGGCAUGAGAUGUACAGCACACCAGGGUCUCCAUUGAGCAGAGGGUCCUCUUUUCAGGACACAGAGACGGAUUCUUCAGGGGCUCCUCUACUUAAAUGUAUUGCUGGGAGAAUGGACAUUGGAAGCAUGCAUACAGCCAGGCCCAGUGCCUUGCCUGCCACGAGCUCUCCGUUUUGUAAAUGACUUGUAUACUGCCACUUUAUUUUGUUUGUAUUUGAUCUUAAAAGCCCAUUUACCUCUUAAGAGAGCCUUGCAUGCGGGUGGUGGAGAUGUACCAUAGAAGCAAUAUGACAGGAAGAGGAAUCUGGCAGUUGGCUGUGCCUUCUGAGUAAUGCCCUGAUCCUGUUGCAGCUUUCCAAGUUCAAUUCUGCUUUAAACGUGCCUUCAGAUGACCAGCUGGUUACUUUCUGGAUCAUUUUCUCUGCUCUUUCAGAAGUAGACUGUAUUGGAACAAUGGGUUUUUCUGCACAGGUCCAAUUGUUCAAAGGUGUGUUUCUUUUUAAGAGCUGAAGACCCAUGUUGUGGGACCUCCAUGCAGCUUGUAAUGGCCAGCUUGAUGAUGGUUGGUGACUGAUGAUUUGUAUCCAUGUUUCUUUGGACACUGCUUGCCAAGGGUGCUUUACCUGUGCAUUGGGAUGGACUGCAUUUAGAGAGCAAGUAGUGGCAAGUUAGACUUCAAGCCACAUCUAAGCUUUGGCCUCUUUCCAUGAAGCUGCUAACUGAAAGAACCCAAAAUCAAGGUUUGUCUUCAUGGAACCCUUUGGCCCCUUUGUAUGACUACAAUUCCCAGGAUUCCUUCACCAGAAGCCAUGAUGAUUAAGGUAGCUGGAAAUUAGUUAAAAAGUAUAGCACAGGUAUGCUAGAAAAACUCCUGAAUUAUGGAGAUCAAAUACACCUCUUUAGAGCUGUCUCAGAAUUUUGUGACUUCUACUUUAAGGCCAAAUCAGGUGAGAUGCUGGUGAGCUCCUGGACAGAGUUUUCAAGCAUUUGUUGUUCUUUCUUUGAUGUCUUCUUGUCUUUCCUUGUUCUUUCUUUGUUGUCUGUCAUAUGUGGAUCCCCAUUUGGAUUGAGACUGGGAGGAGAAGGCAUGUUUUCCCGUGCUCAUUUCCUUUCCUGAACUGGUACCUGUGGAUGUUCUGCUACAAGUUUGCUCCAUAGGAGCAAAUAACAGCCCUCUGAACUGUUUCAGGUUGGGGAAACUGUGUGAGUGAGGGAGCUUAACUUUUCCUUCAUGACAGGCUCUUAAUCCAAAUUGGGGUCCUACAAGCCUGCUGUUAGUUUUGUUCUUAAGUUUGGGAUCUGUACAUAAGGAUCUGUACAUAAGGAGCAGCAGUGGUGUAGUGGCUAAGAGCAGUGGCUAAGAGCAGGUGCACUCUGAUCUGGAGGAACCGGGUUUGAUUCCCAGCUCUGCCACUUGAGUUGU